CUGCACAUCUCAAUCCCCACAACUCUCCAUUGAUACUUCACAGUACUCUACUGUACAACCAACCUUCCAUCUCGACCGUCUUUCGGGGAGCCACACCUUCCACAGCUCCUGCACAAACCACCCACUCGGCUUCGGCCCAUCACAUCACCUUUCAGAGGCAGUUUGAGGAGACUGCACCUGUUCUGAGGAGACUUUAGCGACACAACCGCCCGGCGCGGAAGCUGCUUGCACUGCGUGAGUUUCGGAACCAGAAGAAUAUCCAGUAUUCUCGACCAUUCACCCUCCGGACUCGACGAGCAUUUCAAUAUGCUGUCCAACACUAACAUGACCUCGAUUCAACGGCGGCGAACCCAGCACCGACGACAAAAUUCAACUCCCGCUGCAUUCGAGGCACCCACAGUACGCCCAUUACCUGCCAAUAUACGACAACACAGCCGUCACCGCACCGGCAUGAGUCUGGACCUUCGAGGCCUCAAUCUCGAUCCCAUACUCAGGUCUGCGCGGGGGCCAAUCCCGGAACCAUUCACGCCCGUGAAAUUGGAAUCAUACCAGCAGGACGACAGUACAGUAAGUAUCACUAACCUAGGACAACCACAACAGCAUCACUUGCAAGUAGCGCAGACGCACAGCACAGCCCAGCCGGGCUCCCCGGUUCAAUAUUUGCACUCCUCAGAACAACAAUAUCCUCCUUCUCCUCAAACACCUCACCGGUCGUUACAUCAGCAACAGCCGGCUCAACCUCAACCUCCUACCGAGCAACAGCUCAAGGAGCUUCACGAACAUAUCAGCAAAGUCUACGGCUCCUACGGCCAGGUCUUUGUAAACAUCCUCCCAACCCCUAUCACCACUCCACAAAAGCCAGCUCGGCUACCCAGCCACGAACCACUCGACACGGCGCCGAUGCCGUCAAACCUAAGUGACAUGGCUGAAAUCAAUCUCGACCCCCCUACAGGGACUGAGCUAAAUUUCACCUUCGAGAACCCAGAGAGUGACAUGGGGUAUGAAUCCUCAUCUUACUAUACCUCCGACGCGCUCUCUCCAGGCCGUUCUCCUUGCUCUUCCCCUCGCCAAAAGUCCACGAAGACUUUCUUGGAAGACGUUGAGGAGUACGCGGACGAAAUGGCGUUCUCUCAACCGCCUCCCCUCUUCCUAUCCAACGACCGCGACAUGAACGGACAUCCCGACUCAACCGCAGACUACCCUCGGUCAUCGUCAAUCGUAGAGCUAGACGUUGACGCCAGUAUCGAGUACACCGGCAUUGCGCCGGAAGACGUUCAGCGUUUCAUCAGUGAACAAGAUCCAAACGAUGGCCGAUGGAGCUGCCUAUACCCCGAAUGUGACAAGACUUUCGGCAGGCGGGAAAACAUUCGCUCCCACGUCCAGACUCAUCUGGGCGAUCGCCAGUUCCGCUGCAAUGGAUGCGGCAAAUGCUUCGUCCGGCAGCAUGAUCUCAAGCGCCACUCGAAGAUCCACACUGGUACCAAACCAUACAAGUGCCCUUGCAGCGCUGGAUUCGCUCGACAAGACGCUCUCACUCGCCAUCGCCAGCGCGGUAUGUGCGUCGGUGGCUUCCCAGAUGCCGUUCGGCGAGAAGUAAAGCGUGGGCGACCAAAGAAGAGCCGACCAGACUUCGAUGAGCGGGUGAAGAAAUCAGGUAGGACUCGGCGACGAGCUCUUGCCUCAGCAGCCUCUUCAUCUGCCGGUGGUUCGCCGCCUUCCGAUUACAGUUCGCCUCAUCACCACACACCACAGACUUAUUCGAUGGCAAGUGGACCGGUCAACUCGGGUUCCAGUAGCGAUAGCUUCGGGGGGCCGCUAAGCGCUUCAAGUGAUCCGUUCAGUUUCGAUAACACGUCGAGUCCAUACAGCCACUCUUCCCCAGCCAACGCCAAAUACCAACCAUCCAGUCCCUUCGAGGAAGACGAGACAUCAAUGAACCUCCUCCGCCAGCUCUCCGCAGAGGGAUUCACUCAGACCCCUCCGAUGUCUCCUAGCGACCAUGCCUCGCCCUCAGAAGGAGAUCAUGGUAGCGAAACGUCACACUCCACAAAUAAGAGCCAAAAGACAUCCUCAACCCCAUCUGACGCUUCUCUUUCCAACCAGUUCACGACACCUCCGACAUCUCCAGUCGAGCCUAUCCAAGACAGUCUUGAUGACUUGUUCAACGAUUUCGACCAGGGCCUGUCAUCGUGCUCGCAAUACGAUCUCGAGAUGAAGGCUAUGACCGACUUUACUUCAUUCGACAACAACGAACCGUAUGAGAUGCUCGACUUUAUGUAGGUAUAUUUCGACGCCGCACACAAAGAUCGACAUCAAGUCCGCCGGUCUCUUCUAUGGUUCUUUCUGCGAGGGGUGCUUUGUACAAAUUUGUUAAUGGAUGGAAUCUGGAUGGCUGAAACGAAUUU